AUGAGCCUCAGGUAUGCUUUACGACAGCACCAAAAAGGUUUAAUAUUCAAUGUCCCUGCUUUCAAUAUCGACUCUACUAUUACCCAAAUCAAGCAACUACCCAACUUCAAGUCAAAACUACGUGCACUAUACAAAAGAUUCUAUAAGCUACGCAACUUUGAAUGCACACCAAAUUUAUUCAAAGUAGAUGACAACCCUUACACGACACCAGACAUCACCAGUGACGAUUAUGUUGCAUUAGUGAAAAGAAACUUUCGAAAUGUGGACUACAACCUCAAACGGAAGAAGUUCCUCGAGCUCCCACCUCUUUCUGACGACGAACUUGAACAGAGAACCAUCGCUACAUUGACUUUUGUAUUCAAUCACACUGUGGCGGCCGAAAACCCGCAUGCAGAAGAUAACGUGUCUACGAUAGAGGAUGAGGUGAGAGCCAGCAUUGACACAACUGAAUCACGAGUUAUCAGUACCUUGCUUCGUAUGGAUUUGGAUUGCCCAUGGAAGAUAAAAUAUGACUACAAGUUUCAAUGGCUUGACCAGUUGCGCCAACUACAAAAUGACAACACCAAUAAGAAGAAAAGCAAAACACAUGAUAGCGAAACUCUCCUAUAUAUAACGUACAAGCAAUACCUAACGACGUUGAUGAGAUUGAAUGAAAGUUUAGGACUAUGCUUGUGA